UAAGCAGCCAUGAUCUGGUUUGUAUUGCACGGUCUGCCUUUUUUAAUUUCUUCUCUAGGGUUUCCUUUCCCCUUCUUAUUUCUGUUCUUCUGGUCCAGUGAACACUGCAUAUAGUACCUACUGUCUUAAUGUGCUGGCAUGAUGCUAGAUUUAGGCAUGGCAGUAAUUGAUGACGCAUGAGAUAAUGCUGCAGAGAUGGGAAUUGGUAUUCACUCUUCUCCUGAAUACUUCAGUCUUACCUUGGGACACGGGGAAUUGAAUUAAAAUGCCAAGCUGGAUGGAAAUAAAAUGGGAAAUAUGUGUUGGUAGCCUACUCUGGGCCACACUGGAAAUUAGCUUUUCAAAAUAAUUCAAAUGCUGCUUACAGACUAGACUGGUUACCCGAUUUCCAAAAGUGCUUUCCCAAAGAGAGGAAUAGAAGAGGUCACAGAUUACAUCUCUGGUGAUCCAGAGGGAAGGAUGCCUAUGGAUGUGUGUAAAGCAUGAGCAGGUACCUUGGGCCCACUUGGGCUUACUGUGCAGAUCUCAUCCUCCACAGAAGUAAUGCUUUGUGCAGUUUGAUUAAUGCUGAACUGCAGGAGAAAAAAUAAAUUAAACUAUGGCUUUAAUAUUUUAUUCUUGUCUCUCACUAUCCAAAUGUCAGGACAUUUUUAAUCUUUACAACUCUCUGGUAGGUACAGUUCAACCUAAUUGAAAACAGUUGGAUGAAGAGGACAAGAGAAUGGCUUGGUUUGUGAGGAGAAAGAGUUAAAACCUCAAAUUUUUCUAUAAAAUCAAGUUUGUUGCACUCUUCUUUUGUCUGAAAUAAGAGAAUCACAGAAUCAUUAAGGUUGGAAAACCCCUCUAAGCUCAUUGAGCUGCACGAGGUGGGAGAGGUUUGGCUUGAGCAAAGGUGCUGUCAGAGACUGCAGUCAGAAACAGACUGGUCACUUCUGAGGUUUCAUGUGGCCUUUGUAAAAAUACAUUGUUGAUUCCUUAAUUCCCCAUCUGGGAAGCAGGAAUUACUUUGUUGUGUUUCCUGACACCUGUGGAGGUGAUUCUGCUUCCACACUUCUAAUGAUGAGUGUGCUCUUUGAAUUGGCAAAUUACACACAUUGCCAGAAGGGAGAGUUUCCUUGGCAGAAUUCAGUGGGGUACCUCUCCUGCAAGAUAUUUCACCAGGAAAGGAGGGUUCAUUCUGCGCUUUUGGCUUUUUUUUUCCUUCUGUUUUAUGCUGUUUGCUCUCCCAGAACCAAAAUUGAGAGGGAAGGAGGAAAGGCAAAUUGAUAUUUUAGAACUACCACACAUCUAAGUAUUUUCAACAUUAACAAAUUGGAUUUUAAUCCUUAACCAGUUCUCUGUUAGCAAUCCACAUGGUCUUUUCAAAGGAAUCUGCUCAGAGUCAUGAGUGAGCCUGUGCUUCAUGGUAUGGAAGCAGUUUGGGUGAUGAAGACCCUGUGUUUAUGACCAUGGCAGAUCAAAGUGCUUUCCAGUUAAAAUGUCAUUCUUCAGAACAAAGAGUGGAUUUAGUAUAUUCUCAUGAAUGUGUUCUUUGCAGCUUCCCGCAUCUUAGUGACAAGAAGGUGCUCCAAAGCCUGCAGGUGUUUGGAGAUGGGGGGAGUGUUUCCUGUGCCAUGUCCCUAUGACAGUCCCCAUGAUGUGACAUCCAUCUCUGCAGCAUUAUCUGUUGAGAGGUGCUGACUGUACUGCUACAGCAUGCAACUCAAAGGUGGCUGGAAAAAUAGGUUUGGGAGUCUACAGAUCAUUACAAUGUUGAAACACGUCCUCAAUUAGCCGCUGGUGUUGUUGUUCCUGUGGAAAUCCUGCUGUGUGCAGCUCAUUUAGGCCAAAGAUGUCUGCUCUGAAACAUGCAACUCUAACCAGAGUACAUUUAUGGAAAACAGAGCUGCCAGGAGCUAGGGAUGGACGUAGCCUGAACGAGUGCCAGCUGUUUUCCAUUACUAAAUUGAAGAAAGUAUUUCAUAUCAAUGGACUUUUCAGAGGUACAAAUACUGAUAUUUUUUUCACCCCCACAAGUAACAUUUUUUCCUUGUUGUGCUUUGAAAGAUGCUGCACUUACAGUGGCUGUUCAUGUCAGUGCAGUCAUUGAUGUCCUUGAAAAAUCAGAGCACUUCACCCUUUUUUCUAAACUCGAGAAGCUGCAUGCAUUUGUUUUGGGGCAUUUUGAGUUCACUGAGUUCAGGUACUUGAAUGGGAAGUCACAAAUUAUUGCAGCUUUAAUAGAAUCCAGAUUUUCUCCACAUUAAUUCCUUAUCUCUACUUGUUUAUUGAGUCUCUUUGCUGUGAAUUCCUGGUUUUCCUCAUCCCAGCAGUGCAGAUGGAGUAGGAGACAGCCCUUAGAGCCCCCAAGAAGCAGCCCUGGCCCCGUGCAGGCAGUGUCAGGGGUGGACCCACGCCAUCACCGCUGCAGCCCAGUUUUUAAAGCCAGGAUAAUAUUGGACAUCGCUUACUCCAGAAACAUGGGUGGAAGCUGGGCCAGGGAUUGGGAAAGUCACUGCAGGGGAGGACAGAUCCCAUCCCUAUCGUUGUCAAGUAUGAUGUCAUGGGCAUGGGCCGGAUGGAGAUGGAGCUCGACUACGCCGAGGAUGCCACAGAGCGGAGGCGAGUGCUGGAGGUGGAGAAGGAGGACACUGAGGAGCUGAGGCAGAAGUACAAGGAUUAUGUUGAUAAAGAAAAGGCCAUUGCCAAGGCUUUGGAAGACCUCAGAGCAAACUUCUACUGUGAACUUUGUGACAAGCAGUAUCAGAAGCACCAAGAGUUUGACAACCACAUAAACUCCUAUGACCAUGCUCACAAGCAGAGGUUGAAAGAUCUCAAGCAAAGGGAAUUUGCUCGCAAUGUCUCAUCGAGAUCCCGGAAAGAUGAGAGGAAGCAGGAGAAAGCCCUGCGGCGCCUGCACGAGCUGGCUGAGCAGAGGAGGCAGCCUGAGUGUGCUCCUGGAAGUGGGCCCAUGUUCAGGACCACCACAGUGGCUGUGGAUGAGGAAGGUGGAGACGACGACGAUUCCACAGCCAACAGCGGCUCCUUCGUCCAGACCAGCUCCGCCCAGGCCACAGAGAUGACCACGGACAAAGGCUUCCUGAACACUGGACAAGGCACUGUGAUGCCAGGCCAGACAACACAGGGGGCACAGGCCAUCAGCUUUGGCAUUAAGAGCUCCCUGGGAACUCCGCUACAGAAGAUCGGGGUGUCCUUUUCCUUUGCCAAGAAGACCCCAGUAAAGCUGGAGACCAUCGCUUCUGUUUUCAAGGACCACGUGGACGAGUCCAGUUCUGCAGACGGGGCAAAAGGUGAUGAGAGGGGGUCCUCAGAGGCUGGCAGCCUGCAGAAGUCUGGGGAGGGUGAAGGCACCAAUAAUUCUGAUGGCAAGGGGGAGGAUGAUGACCAGCACGACAAGGACAGCGGGGCUCUGGCCAGCACCUUAUCCAAACUGAAGAAGAUGAGGCGAGAAGAUGGACCAACAGCUGUGGAACCAGAAUAUUACCACUACAUCCCCCCAGCCCACUGUAAAGUAAAGCCCAACUUUCAAUUCCUGCUUUUCAUGAAGGCUACUGAGCAAACGGAAGCGGAAAAUGUGAACAAAAAAAACGCGCACGAAGUGAAAAAGGGGAGUUCCCCCAAACCCAAACUCAGCAAGCACACGGAAAAGGCUGCCGAGAGCACGGGGCAGCAGAAGGAGCAGAGUACUACUGAAACUGCAGCUCAUCAGGGCAAAACAGAACGAAAAGACAUCCCAGAGAAUGAAAAUACACAGGAGAGCAAGCACCUUCCAGAGAGCAAUCCCCCCGAGCUAGACACUGCUAAAGAAGCUCCUCCUCCUGCCUCGGGCUGCAGAGAUGGCUCUGAGGGACCAAAGCACCCCACAGGACCUUUUUUCCCUGUUCUGAGUAAGGAUGAGAGCACGACACUGCAGUGGCCUUCAGAGCUGCUCAUCUUCACCAAAGCUGAGCCCUCUGUGUCCUACAGCUGCAACCCCCUGUACUUCGACUUCAAGCUCUCCCGUAACAAGGAUGCAAAAGGCAAAGGGGCAGAGAAAUCCAAGGAUCCAGGGGGGCUUUGUAAAGACAAUGCUCAGGGCACAGGACCUGGUGAGGUGAGCAAAGCCAAGGAGGCUGAAAGUGUAGAGAACAGUUCUGCUCAAAAAAUGGAAAACAAAUCCCAGAGUAAGCAGGAGUCCAGUCUGGGAAGCAUCAGUAAGGGAGAGGGGGAGGACAGCAGUAAGAGUAUAACGGGUAAGAGUAAAUCUGGAAGGUCCCAUAAACACAAAAAGAAAAAGAAGCACAAAAAGUCCAGCAGACACAAACGCAAACACAAGGAGGAAGCUGAGGAGAAGGCCCGGAAAGCUGAGCUGGGGGAAGAGAAACCCAAGAAACGGAAAAGGCACAGGCACAAAAAAGGUAAAUCCUCCCUUUCGACGGAGUCAGACCGGGCGCUGAAACCUGAACUGUCUGAAGACUGCAGCCAUUUCCAGAAGAAAAAGCGAUGCUCCCAGGAGUCCCAGAGGAAAUCCCUGUCUGCUGAGGAGGGAAGCAGCAGUAAAAAAGAGGAUGGAGGUAACUCCUGCCAAGAGCACGGCAGUAAAAGACACAAGGCUGAGCUGCAGCAGGUACCUGGUGCGAGGAGGCGCUGCCCGGCUCUGUCCCAGGCCCGGAGCAGCUGCCGGAGCCGGCAGAGCAGUGGUGACGACGACAGCGAUGAGGGCUCCCCUGGCAAGCACUGCCACCAGAAGUCCCCGUCGCAGUACAGCGAUGACUACGACUCGGGCAGCGAGCACUCGCGCAGCCGCUCCCGCUCGGGCCGCAGGCACUCCUCGCACAGGUCCUACUCUAGCAGCUCGGAUGUGUCUUCGGGCCACAGCCGCUACAGCCGCCACAGGAGCUACUCGGACGACAGCUACAGUGACUACAGCGACCGCUCCCGCUGCCGCUCCAAGCGCUCCCAGGACUCGGAGGACGACUCCGACUACAACGGCUCAAACCACCGCUCGAAGCGGCGCAAAUACUCCUCGUCAGAAGAUGACUACAGCUCAAGCAGGAGCAGGUCCAGGAGUCGGAGCAGGAGCCGAACCCACCCUCGAAGCAGGUCGAGAUCAAGGAGCCGGGGCAGGAGCCGCAGCAGCAGCUGCAGCCGCAGUCGAAGCAAGAGGAGGAGCCGCAGCGUGACAGGCCACAGCUGGAAGCGCAGCCGCAGCUACAGCCGGGACCGCAGCCGCAGCACCCGCAGUCACUCGCAGAGGUCCCUGUCGCGGAAGGGCUCACGGGGCCACGAGAGCCCUGAGGAGAGAAGGUCUGGCAGAAGAGACUUCAUUAGGUCCAAGAUCUAUCGCUCUCAGUCUCCUCACUAUUUCCGGACAGGCCGAGGUGAAGGGGCACUGCCGAAGAAGGAGGAUGGCAAAGGAGAGGAUCUUAAAGGAUCUAGCUCCUUGUCCCAGAACAGCAGUGGCAGUGGCUCUGGCACGGGGCGGGCCUCGGAAGGGGAUUGCAGUCCUGAGGAGAGGAACUCCGUCACCGCAAAGCUGCUCUUGGAAAAGGUGCAGUCCAGGAAGGUUGAGAAGAAGCCCUGCGUCACUGACGAGAUGCUGUCAGGGGCAAGCAAAGUCGGCAUAAAGCUCAAAGAUCCUCCCCAGGGCUACUUUGGCCCCAAACUGCCUCCUUCCUUAGGCAACAAACCAGUUCUGCCCUUAAUUGGGAAGUUGCCAACCAUUCGGAAACCGAACUCCAAAAGAUAUGAGGAGUCUGGCUUGGAGACGGGCGAAGAGCAGGAGCUGUCAGAUGCUGAGGAUGGUUCCCAAGGCAUGGAGGAGGGUCAGCUGCCCAGCCAGUCUCUCCUGGAAGAUGUGGUGAUGGUAAUUCAGGACAAGCCUCUGGAUGAGCAGAAACGUGAUGAAGCCUCUGUGGAGAUGCCAUCCCUUCCCCUGGACAGGCCGGCGCUCCCUGAGUGCUUUGGCUCUGGAGAUCUGGUCAUGCCACACAACUUCCUCUCGGAUCCGAGCGAUGCUGAUGGGCUGGAGCCUAUGGAUGGGGGCAGCCAGCCAGUCCCAGUAGAAACAAGUAUGAUGCCCUUAGUUCCGGAUGUUGAGCACUUUCCUGGCUACGUGCCUCAGAGCGGGGAGCCGAGCAUGGAAGGAGAUCGGGAGGGGGGAGAAGAUUCCUCUCUAGCACCACUGGAGAGCCAGCCCAUCACCUUCACGCCCGAGGAGAUGGAGAAGUACAGCAAGCUGCAGCAGGCCGCCCAGCAGCACAUCCAGCAGCAGCUGCUGGCCAAGCAAGUGAAGGCCUUCCCCACCUCGGCCACCCUGGCACCGGCCGCACCCGCGCUCCAGCCCAUCCACAUCCAGCAGCCAGCGGCGGCCUCGGCCACGUCCAUCACGACAGUGCAGCACGCCAUCCUGCAGCACCACGCCGCAGCUGCCGCCGCCGCCAUCGGCAUCCACCCCCACCCGCACCCGCAGCCCCUCGCUCAGGUCCACCACAUCCCCCAGCCGCACCUGACACCCAUUUCUUUGUCCCACCUGACCCACUCGAUUAUUCCGGGGCAUCCCGCCACAUUCCUGGCCAGCCACCCCAUCCACAUCAUUCCGGCGUCCGCCAUCCACCCAGGCCCCUUCACCUUCCACCCCGUCCCUCAUGCUCUCUACCCGACCCUCCUGGCUCCGAGGCCAGCAGCUGCUGCUGCUGCCACGGCCCUGCACCUCCACCCCCUGCUGCACCCCAUUUUCUCAGGACAGGACUUGCAGCAUCCACCCAGCCAUGGCACAUGAAGGACAAAAUGAAGGAACCUCGGAGGAAGGAGAAUAUUUGGCAUUUUGGGACGGGGUUGAAGUCGAGCCAGUGGGCAGGUGAGGCCUGAGCAUUUCCUUUCACUCUUGAGCAGCCAAAGAAGCCAGGGGCUCGAGGGCUGGGCAGUUGGCUGUGUCCCAAGGAAGUCUCGCUCCAGCUCCUCUGUGCACACAGCAGCACCAAUCCAGAAGAACCAUUUCACCUUUAGAACAGUGAGACACUUGGAAAGGCUUUUUUUUCCCCCUGGAUUCUUACACUUGGUCAUCUUCCUUCUGCCACCUUGUAUAUGAUAAAUGAGGUUUCAUACACACUAAUAGGGUCUCUCAAAAUCCUUUUAAUGAGGUCAUCAAAUUAAAAUAGCAUGAUUGAAUCUGGCUUGUAAUUGGUGAUGGAACAUCGGGAGCUGACGGCUUCAGAGGGGCUGGAGGCCUCAGCUUUCAGGCAUUGCAGGAGGUUCCUUGGCCCUUGUCUCUGCAUUCGUGGGCUUUUCUUGGUGUGAGCAGCAAAGGUGGAAGUAAGAGCUUAGUGUAAAGAGGAGGAGGAGCUCUGUGUGUGUGCCGAGAGCUCCCUUCCUUCCCCAUCCCACAUCCACGUUCUCCUGCGCCAGGACCAUGCCUGGAUAUCCCAGACUGGAGAGAGGUUCUGGGGUUGGGUUUCCAGUCUGGGCUUUGACCACUCUUCUCCUGAAAGGGGGAAAAAAAAUCACUUUGAAUUCCAUCUUCUGUGGGGUUGGGAAAGAGGCACUGGGAUGGGAGAGAGAAGGAAAAUCCUGUUAGGAAUGGAAGCAAUACAGAGGACGGGGGAGUGCAGCCUGGAUGUAAAACGUGUUCUUUCCUCUGUAACACUGAUGGUUUCCUUAUUAAUUUAUAGGAUUUUUUUUUUUUUUUAAUGUAAAGAAUUGCACUGAACUCUGUAAACAAAGAUGCUGCUUUUUGUAGCUCCUAUCAAAGGUUACAUUUGUAGUAUAUCGCAAUAAUAUUUUUUACAGCCAGUUCUUAGUGGUACUUGUUCUGGUGGCUUCUAUGUAAAUAUGUUUGCCAUAGGUGACCCAAGACACUUGUAAAGGUUCAAUUUAUAGUUUCAGCUAGAUGCAGAACAGCUAAGCAUGUAUAUUUUAUCAAGCUCAUGUAUUUUUGAAGUUUUUAUGUAGUAUAAAAUGUAAAAACAAACAAACAAAAAAAAUCUUAAUUUAGAAUUUUGCAGAAGAAAAAAAUCAACAGGUGAGACUUGGGCGAGGUGAGGGGUGUGGGGGUAGCAGUGACUCUGGCAGGUUCUGUGUUCCUCCCUGCCAUAGGAAUGGGCAUUGGAGCAGCCUGGGGAGCAGCAGGAAUUCAGGGUGCUCCCAGAGAAUAGGAGCCCUUUUUUUUCCUUUCCUUUUCCUCCACUUUGGAAGCAGUAAUGUGCAGGAGGUGCAGGAGGAGCCUUGGGACUGUUCCCAUCCCACACAGAGGGUUACCCCAGCUUAGUCCAUAAGGGAUUUCGCAGUUCUCCCAGCAUCACCCAGCUGAGGUGACACUGCCCGUGGGAGCUUCCCCACCCCAGUGCAGGGGAUGUCCCCACCACUGCUGUCCCCACUCACAGCACACUGUAGGUGUCACAGCCCUUGGGCCACAACCACUGGAGGGAGGGAUUUCAGAGCAGUGUAGGGAUGUGGUGACAUCCCUGUCCCAUUCCCCAUCCUCAUCCUCUUCCCUGUCCCUUCCUGGAGUGCAGCACGAGGUCAGACAGAGUCAAAGGAUCAAAACCCCCUGAGCUCCCUCACCGUGUAAAUGAGAAAUUGGAGCAGGUCAGAGUGACAGCAGUCACAAAAAAGGGACUCAAUUUCCUGUAAAUACCAGACAAUUCAGUGUUACUGUCAGUUGAGCUUCAUAGGGCCCAUCUGUGCCCUGGCCCCACUGCACUGUGGGCAGGGAUUGUUUUUGGAUUUCAGGAUAGUGCUAAAAUAAUUAACCUGUCAUUACUUACAAGCAUAAACAGACUGUAUUUAACUUUGUCACAUAAGAUAUAUAUAUAAAUAUAUAUAUAUGCUGUAAAAUGAGGGAAAAAACCUUUCUAAUAAACCAAUGAUUUGUGGAAAAAGA